AUGCGUAAUAUUACAUUUGGAGGAGUUCUUUACUGUGGAUAUAAACGAAUUCGUGGCAAUGAAGCAUUGAGGAAGGUCAAAAUUAAUAUUUCGAAUGAAUAUGAAGGUGACGAUAAAUUAUUGCCUAUGCGUACUCAAAUCUUAGAAUAUCAAGAUGGUUUUUUCACUGUUUACGGCGAAAUUGAUAUAUAUUCACGCCCAGCGAUGAAAUUUGAACCAGUUUUAAUUAUCGAAUAUCCUUGUGAAAUCGAUCCAGAAGAACCUUCAACCGUUCAUAGCUUUAUGUUUCCUGAAAUGUCUGGUGGAACAAUAUUUGAUAUUGGAAUCGUAAAUCUAAAAAUGUUUUUUUACUUUUGGCACAAGCGCUUUCGUGAUUACAGAUACGAUUUCGAAUAG